CCCUCGGCGGGCCGCUUCUUCUCUCCGGAGCGGCCCGGCGAUGGCAGUGGCGGCGGCUGCGGCGUGGCGAGCGCUCCAGCGGGUCGGCCUCAGUAGGCCGCCGAGCGCCUUCCUCGCUCGGCCUGGCUGCGGGGCGGCCCUGCCGAGGAGGCGGCUCGGCACCAGCCCCGCGUUGCUGCUUGCCGCCCGUAGAUUCACCGAUAAGCAUGAAUGGAUAGCCGUUGAAAAUUGUAUUGGGACAGUAGGAAUCAGCAAUUUUGCACAGGAAGCGUUAGGCGAUGUUGUCUAUUGUAGUCUUCCAGAAAUUGGAAUGAAAUUGAACAAACAGGAUGAGUUUGGCGCUUUGGAAAGCGUGAAGGCUGCUAGUGAACUUUAUUCUCCGCUCACAGGAGAAGUGACAGAAAUUAACACCGCUCUUGCGGAUAAUCCUGGGCUCGUCAACAAAUCUUGUUAUCAAGAUGGUUGGCUUAUCAAGAUGACUGUGGACAACCCUUCAGAACUUGAUGAACUAAUGAGUGAAGAAGCAUAUGAGAAAUACAUAAAAUCAAUGGAGGAUUGACCUGAGUGUUAAAAUAAACCAAUACAAGCCACAUCAGUUUAGAUUGUCCUCAAUUAGCAGUGUACAGAAGGUCCGGCUGUGAGCAGCAUGUGGAGGAGAUUCUCAAGGAAAAUGUGCUGCCUCUGAAUCAAGUUCAUGCUGAUUUUUGAACUGUUCAGAAGUGACUGCAAAUCAGAACAGUUGCACCUUUUUUGCACACCUACUAGUCAGUGUGGUUUAUGUUUCUGUAUUUUUAGCGUAAUAAGCAUAAUUAUAUGAUAUCAAAGUUUGAAAUUCAUAAUUGCAUCUGGAGUAGAAUAACCUUUGUUCCUAAAAUAAACCCAAACUUUGAUAAAGUAGAAUUGUAACAUGCAACAGCCUUAAUUCAGAACUGUUUCUUCUUGGCUCUGCAGUUACCGCUUCUCCACCCUCCGCCUCCAUACAUCAGUCUCUUUUCAACCAGUUAUUGUCAUAGGAAAGCUUUGCAAAGGUGCCAGAUGUUUAGAGCAGAAUCAGCUUUUGUUUUCUGUUGAAACUAUUGAGAUGCGGCCAUUUUUCUGCAGAUAAGGCAUAGUGCCUUGCCGUGAAACAGAUAACAGAAGUUAAUAAAAAAUCCUGACUUUG